CCAUUCCUCACCAAGGAGGAAGAAGAGCGCAUUUUCGCAGAAUAUCAUUAUACGGGCGCUACCACGAAUAUUCAUCCGUUGCUAUCGUCGCUCGUCAACUACACACAUCCGGUGAAAUUCUCCGGUUUCGAUGUUGCUGAAAUGAACAAUUUGCACUUCCACAUGUCGUCGUUCUCGGAAAGUACGGGUUUAGGUUAUCUGAAGCAGAGUGCUCCAGAGUUCGUCAACUACAACAAACGUCAACUGAGUAGGAUCUAUCCGAAAGGUGCACGUGUUGAUUCCAGUAACUUCCUUCCUCAGGUUCGUCACAUCGACCAGAUCAUUCCGGCUGAGAAUAGAAUUUGA